AUGCCUACUCAUUCGAGCUCUUGCAGCUCUGAGAGAGGCGAGCUUCCCUCAAUAAACGACAGCGAACACGACCACCGCCAAAACAACAACGUUUCUUCAUUCUCUCCGUGUUCUUCGUUCUUCAUCAUUCAUGAAUCAAGCACUAAUGUGAUUUCGCCAUGUGGAGGUACCAGAAAUUCUCCUAAAUUACGGCGAAAAGGCGACGAAAAUGGAGUUUCUGUGUCGAUUCGUGCUCGCAAGGAGAGGGGAUUGUCGUCGUCAGGACAACACAAGAAAAAAGCGAGAUCCAAGACGCCAUCAAGUGCUCCGGCCAGCAACACUACACCUUCAUCGACUAAACAACCUCAAAUAACGUUCGAAAACCAUGAAGAGAAAAUAGAAGGCGGUGAUCAAUCUACAGCGAAGAAAAAAUACACCAUGGAGCUCUCGAUACUGAAUCGAUGUGGAUCUGCUCCAGAUCUACCAAUAUACAGUCCUAUGAGCGCAAGCGUGUACAGCUCAUCAAAGAAGCGGACGCUACAGGGCAGUGCGAAUGCUGCCACCUUUCGGCUUACUCCUUUGCCUGCUAACACUCGAGCUGCAGCAGUGAGGCCUGAUCCAUUGUUAGACAGCUGUGAAGGUCGACAAACUAUAAACGCCGAGCAGGACGCUGUACCUCUACACCCGAAGGAUCCUCUAAUCCAGGAAAAACUGUGUAAAGAUGCGCACACGAUUUCAGUCUUGAAGCAGCGGCUUCUUGUCCUCGAACGAGAAGUCUCAGCUAGUACAAAGUAUCGUCACAUGGCGGACAAGCACAUUACCCAGCUCAGUCAGGAGAACCAGCGGCUUCAAGUCGAGAAGACUCAGCAACAAGCUCGAAUCGAAGAGCUGGAUAAGACUGUGCUUCGACAACACCAUGAAUACGACAAACUCGCUGUUCGCUACGCUGCUGUGUACGCCAAUCUCCAGAAGCUUGUGGACCAGCAAAACCCCUCAGAUAACUCCGUGCAGCAGAGUGCACUCCAGGCUCUAGCACGGGAGAAUCAAGACUUCCUCCGCAAACUUCGGGUUUUAGAAGCACGCCAUGCUGAGGAUAAGACCCUAACGUCUAACCAGGAGAAGAAGAUCAAGCGUUUGAAAGCCGAGAUUGAAGCUUUACAGCACAUGAGCGAGGCCAAAAGUCGAGAAGACGACUAUGACGAAGCAGCUAGUGACACAGAUCAAGUCUCUCGCUUAACCAAGUCUAAGAAACGCUCCGAAGGCGACAACAAUCGACCCACCAGCGCGUCACCAGUAUCGAUCACCUUGUCGACUCCGAGAAGAGCAGGGUCAUCGGCAAGGAUGCAGACUGUCCAGACAUUUCUCGGUACAGCCAGCCACCUUGUGACUGCCGAAGCCUAUCAAUACAUUGAUCCCAACAUCUUAAAAGUGUUGGAGAAAGUGGACUCGCAGUUCAGUAUCACCAACGCCAUCAACUUGUCUGUGGUGCUCAAGAAGUGGCUCAAUAGCUGCGUCCACGUCGUGUGCUCCACUCAUCUUCCGACCGUCCUACAGACGUUACUUAAGCGCGUGUGUGAAUUGUUACACUGCGAGCAUGCAGCUUUAUUCACUGUCGAUCAUGCUACCCACAAGCUGAUCGCCACGUGCUCUGAACGUGGAAUUGAGCGUUGGGAAUUGCCACUGGACAAAGGAAUCGCGGGGUACGCUGUGCGACACAAUACGCUGUGUAACGUGCACUGUGCCAACGACGAUCCACGGUUCUACAGCUCAACAGACUCGGUCACAGGCACGACGUCACGGGAGGUUUUAGCUCUUCCAAUUGUCCACGAACUUCAGCUUUACCUUGACUCUCACGUCAAGGUGAACAACAGUCUCGGAGUGUUUGCAGUUCUUCGCGCUUGGAACACCACGCACCAGAAGCCUUUCUCUUCCAAUGACCAGAUUCUCGGCAGUCUACUGGCUAUCCAAGCGGGAAUUAUACUGCGUCAAACAGCCGUGACUAAAACGCUGCAGAAAAUUAACCACAAGACGCACCAGAUCCUGCAAAUGACAAGCGAUAUCGUCGCCAAAGCUUCGACAUCUUCAGAGACUCCAUCGCUAGUGCAGCUUGUGGCAGUGGCACAGAAGGAGCUAGGAGACUGUCUGGGUAUCAAACAGAUCCGCAUCUUCGUGUUGGAUGCUGCUGCUCACAAGUUGUGGCACGCAGGCGAGCGUGAAGCGGAUGACAGCAGCUCUCCCGCUCUUGUUCGCCGCUACGUCAACGCCCACGCUUCUCUCUGCGCUCUCCUGCUACGCAGCGACGCAGUAUCGAUCGUAGUCCCCGAGCCGUCAGCAGAAGCAGCUUUUAACGACACUGUGGAUAUCCCUGGGGGCGCUCGUGGCUUGUAUCUCGCCCCGAUUCUCUCGCCAUGGAACACAGCGCUGCCACUUGGAAUGGUUCAGGUCUCUCGAGUAGCUAAAGCACGAUUGUCAGCGUCGCCUUUCACUCUCACAGCCUCUGAAGCAGCGAGCAACGGAACUGUCAGUGACGUUGUUGUAAACAACGAGCGUGAAGCAGCACAGCAGACUGAAGACCGACUGAUGCUCGAGCUACUUGGUCUCUUCUGUCGAGGCUUCGCGGGCUUACUACACCACGUCACCGCCCAGCAACUCUACGAUACGUGCUCUCCAGAGAUCAUGCAGGCACAACUUGCAACGUUAGCGGACCACCUUGACAACCUCGCUAGAAGACAGAGGGAGGAUGAGGAAGAGGCAGUUCACGCUAGUGAAGUAGAGAUUCCAGGGCUUGACCACGUCCGUCAGUCUGACCGGCAUGCGUCCGUCGCCACAGUUCACGCUGUUCCAGCUAAUCGUGAUACCCGACGCGUGGCCUCUGCCGAGCCAAGACACAGAGCUGCGCCGGAAUCCCGGCGCGCGACCACUUCGCCGGCCAAGAGGUCUAGCGAUAUUCAUCAGACUGUAUCCGGUGCAUUGCAGAGUGGAGAUUCCAGCGAAGAGGUCUUCCAAGAGACUGGUGCGAAUGGCGUUGAUGUGCCAACACCGCCGGAUACAGUCAACGUAGCACCAGAUACAAGCAUCAGCACUAGCGAUGUCGAGGAUCGAAGAGAUGCAGAAGCUAUAGAACCUGGCGACUCGGAGCUACCUGCUCUUAAUCCAGAUCAGCAAGCAGGAAGCGACGUGGCAUGCCCAGUAGCGUAUGAUGCUGCGGAGGUUUACACGUCUGAUGCUCCUGUUGUAGACGACUGGACCACAGCCACCUCUGGCGAUAACGGCUAUGCUGCUGCUCACGAUGAAGAACAGCUUGCGGACGCCGACGGCGCAGAAUACACUUGGGGUGAUAACAACGCAUACGACCCUAGCUCGUGGAACGCUGGCACCUACGAGGAAGACGUCGCGUGGAACUACGAUGGAGCGCUGAUGCAUGAAGACGACACCACGAACAGAGGCGACAGCCAGCAAUCUACCAACUCCGCCUACGCCAUCGACGUGCACUUGUCUAGAACGCCCAGCGCCGACACAGACCAGCCCAGUGGUGCACUCUAA